AUUGUUGUCAGGCAUCUAUUGGGAACAAAGGGCAGUUCUGUGCGUGCUGCUUGAUACCAGCAGACACCUUAUUAUCAGUCAUUAGAAUCAGCUGACAGCGAUGCCUUUGUUGUAAUUCCGGUUAAAAAGCGAACGCUGUAUUAGACUCGUUUCAUUAACAUUUCGAAUGGUGUAUGCAAACUUGGCACAUGCGUUUUCUCUUUCGUUUUGACGUGCAAUAUGAUAGUAAAUAUGAGAGUUUCAGAUUGGUAUAUCGUUGCCCUGGCAUCUCUUGCUGUUGAAACUGUUCUAUCAACGAAAGUGGCCAUCUCGUCGUGUCCGAUCGGCCACUAUGCUGUGCUAGACAUUGAUGGAAGUGGUCUCAUCUCCGACUGUCUGGUAUGCGAUUCCUGCUCACCAGGUUACGGGGUAUCGCAGGACUGCUCUCCAAUCUCAAACACCGUCUGUCUUCCGUGCAGCAUGGGUACAUUUUCAACCACAGUGAGUGCCACAGAUAGAUGUGAGGCAUGUUCAGACUGUCGGGGACGAGUCAUGGCGAAGGAAUGCAGUCCGAUAUCAGAUAGCGUGUGUGGGGCAGAGUGUUCUUUAGGCGAGUACUUCGACCCUACAUCACUCUCCUGCAAACAAUGCUCCUACUGCUUCCCCGGACGUCCAUUCGCUCGGACAGCCCGUGUACUCGAUUGCCAGCGUCAGGGUCUCGAUAUUGACUACCAGUGUUCACCGUUACCCGGAACUGAUGCGAUCGACGUCGUUCAUCCCCGGGUUGUAACCGCAGAUAGGCACCGCAGCGCUACAGCGGCCAAGAGACAUCAUGACCGCACAGUCCAUACGUCUAGCAGAACGCAGCAACGUACAGAUAUGGGCGAGAGAAAAUCUUCAGGACUGCAUAGACAGAAUCUUAUGAAUGAUAACGGUAAAUCAUCAGCCAAAGUAGCUCCAUCUACCAUUCCUCUUGUAUGGAGCACCCAACGCCCUCCACUUUUCGAAGCUACAACUACAAAAUCAAGCAAACCUGUCGAUUUUAGAACUGUUUUAUCAUCAGCAAAAUCUCCGGAAGAAGAUUCUCAAAGAACAGUUCAUGAAAGUAGAGACAAAGCUUCAAAGAUCAGUGAAUUCAGAGACACAUUUAGAGAGAAAGUGGAGAAUGGGUUAGACGCAAUAAAUAUUCCCAAAACUGGUAAACAGGGUUCGAUUAUCCCGUACUACCAUUCAAUGACGUCGACGGACAUCGUCAUCCUGGUCGUCAUCGUCAUCAUCGUCAUGCUCAUCUCAAUCAUGAUCACGGCCAUGGCGUGUUACUGUUGGAUAUGGAGAGGGAAGAGCCUCCAUGGACACAAGGUGAUGUCGGUCAGCGCGAAACCGCCCACGAAUGCGUGGACGUACCAGGACAUGAUGCCGUCGAUGACGGAGAUAACGGAGAUGCGGCCCCUGGUCAAAGACACACCACCGCCGUCGAGGAAACUCAUAACUUGUGUUUGAAGGUGGCAAAACAUUUAACUUUUAACAUUUAGAUCAUGAAACAACUGGAGAACGAAUUGUCUUUCCUCACACCAUGUAUGGUCUAUAAGUGACGAAUGAAGACAUGAGGACAUAAUAGCCGACUUGUGAGGGAUGUAUGUCCAGAUUCGCGGUCUGUUGUGGCAAUGAGAGAUUUCAUUAAUCUGUGGAGUAGAGUGUAGAGGACGUGACUCCUUGAAAAAAAAAUCAACUUGAGGAUGUUUCGCUAUUAAGAUUUAAGUGUGACUUUCAUCCAUAGUUGCGUAAGGUAUCAAACACAUCACCGCAAUUGUCAAAUCAUGCUCAGAGGACUCGCGUUACUAGUAUUAUAGAUGAAACUGCACGCUUUGCCCGUCCGUACUAUAUAAGCAUGACAUCGAUAUCAGUGAGAGAAUGAUGAGGAAGAAUGCAAUGGUCCAGCCGCUUUUGUUUGUUUCUUUUUUAUAUAAAUUAUAUGAUGAUAAAUGUGUUAUGGUUGCUAUGGUAUUGGCAUUGACUAUUAGAACCAUGCAUGUUGGCAUCAAUAUAUUUGUCGGGAUUUGCUAGCAUAAUUUGUGGCAACUGAUUGUAAUGACCUUGAUGACCACUGAUAAUAAUAGCAAAUUCUAAUGUUUUGCACGGUGGCAGUUCCUAAAUUUGUGAUUUUAAGUUGAUAUUAAUAUCUGUCGCAAAAUAGAUGUAAUAUCAAUUGUCACUGUUUGCUAUGAGACGAUAUCAAUAUCAUCUCAUGAACAGUAUCAUUUAGGGGCGCACCAUUGCAUACCCAGGGGGAGGGGGGCUGGAAGUUUGGGUUGAUGCAAUUUUUUGUUAGUUUCUUCUUUGAGCAAAGUUUUUUUUCCUUACUCCAUUGAGACAAGUUUCUGUUUUUGUCUACAUUUUUUAGAUGAUUUGUGAGUGGACCAAUUUUUUUUUGUUUAUUAUUUAUUUUUUUACUCUGAUGGUGAGUCAAUUUUUUUGUUGUUGCUCAACUUCCAGCCCCGGCUGGAUAUCCAAUGGUGCGUCCCUUAACUGUGCUUCUCAGCUAAUGAAAUUCAAGGUGUCAGGCAAUUUGUCAGAUAAACUUGUCCGACGAAAAUAUUGAUAAAACGCUCCGCAUGAUUUAUUUUUUUACCCGUCUCAAAUGUCAGUUUAUCAGGUUGUCUUUCAUUAGUAACAUAGACUUUUAUCUUAAUGUUUUUAUACAUACAGUCCAAUGUUCGUUAACUGUAGUUUUUAAACUAACAAAAAUGACUAGUUUUAAAACAAAACAGUGACGCUCGAUCUUGGCAUGACCUUUGCCCAAUUGUUAUUUGUCGUCUCGGAUGAAACGAUUGACUUCGUUUUUUUUUAAUGACGAUUGUCUUUAUCUUACUUCGUAAAUAUGGUGAUACGUGAUUGUUGCGUUGGAAAUCAAUACGUGGCAACGAGUUUCAGUCCCACAUGACAAGAACGAUGCUAAGAUGUUUGUCUAUUCUUUAAAGCAUGUUUGCAAGACUCGGAAUUUGCUCAAUUCAUAAUUUGUUCUUAAAGGUCAAGUCCACCCAAGAGGAAUGUUGAUUUGAAUAAAUAGAAAAAAAUCAAACAAUCGUUUUGAUGAAAAUUUCAUCAAAAUCGGAUGUAGAAUAAGAAAGUUAUGACAUUUUAAAUUUAGCUUAUUUUUCACAAAACAGUGAUAUGCACAACUCAGUGACAUGCAAAUGAGACAGUCGAUGAUGUCCAUCUCUCACUAUUUAUUUUGUUUUUUUAUUGUCUGAAUUAUUCAAUAUUUCAUUUUUUUACAGAUUUGACAAUAAGGACCAACUUGAUUGAACCGUAUAUUAUUAAACAAUGCUAAUUACACAUGUUCAGGCAGGAAUUUAUCGUUGUUUCACACAACAACGGGGAGAAAAUUUGAAUAUUUCAUAUAAUAGAAUACAAAAGACAUAGUGAGUGAUGUCAUCGGUCUCCUCACAUGCAUACCUACAAGGAUGUGAAUAUAACUUUUUUGUGAAAUAAAGUGAAACUUUAAAAUGUCGUAACUUUCUUAUUUUACUUCUGAUUUUGAUGAAAUUUUCAGUGUUAUGCAUGUUGGAUUUUUCUAUUUUUAUUUGAAUCAACUUUUUGUUGGGGUGGACUUGUCCUUUAAACGUUGAUUUUCAUGCAGGAUACUGUGAUCGGGUUCACUCAGAGAUAUGUAUUUCAUAAUGCCUAUUUAGAAUAUUGUUUAAAGGUUCACUUUACAAUAUAGUUUGUUAGCUCCCACGUUGCCUAUCUUGCACAGAAGGAUUUAAUGGAACAUAUGGACAACAAUAACUGAGAUGAUACAAUUUUUUUUCGCUGCUCUUACAAUUUUGGGUUUAUGUAUCCUAUCUACCUUCAACAUAAUUACUUGGCGAAAGCCCGGGAGCUGCAAAAAUUUAAUUUCAACCUGCCGCAUUAACCAUAUCGAAUCGAAGGCCUGAAAGACUGUAGGAUUUGGAUCGGGAUUUUACAUCUGUUCUACCUUUAACAUGUUUAUAUAGAUAUAUUAGAAAUCGUAAUAUUAUCCGUAUUCCAGCACGUACAAUUAGGAAGAGUGACAUGCUUAUCGUACUUAAACUAAGAAGCAAAUUAAAAGAAAUUAAAACUGGAAGAAAUAUAAUAUUUUUGGUUAGUGUCUAUUAAUUUCUUUUUCAGAUAAUAGGCAUACGUAACAAAUAACCCGUCAUAUUUUACCUCAAAGAAAUGGCCCUAACUACCCACUUCCUCCGAACACAGAAAAGUUAUAUAAGGGUGCAAAGAAAAUGAAUUAUAAGCAUUGAAAAUUUAUUCUUUCUACUUAGAAUUUGCAUAUUGAUAUAAGGCCGCGUUAAUGGUGAGACUGUUAAGCGUGUAUAUGUUAUUUGUAAUAUCUCUUGAAUUUUAUCGAGAACGUAUUUUCACUAUUUUAUAUACUGUGAUUUUUACAGUUUCACUGCUUCAAAUAUGUAAAUAUGUUAAUUUAUUUUCUUCAUUGGAAUUAAACCAAUAAGUCUUAAA